ACGGUGAGUCCAGCUGCAGGUGAACAUCCUCUUCAGUACAACUACACCUUCUGGUUCAGUAGAAGAACUCCCAGUCGUCCAGCCAGUUCACAGAGCUACGAACAAAACAUCAGACAGAUCGGAACUGUGGCAUCGGUGGAGCAGUUCUGGAAGUUUUACAGUCACCUCGUGCGACCAGGUGAUCUGAGUGGACACAGCGACUUCCACUUGUUCAAGGAGGGAAUCAAACCCAUGUGGGAGGAUGAUUGUAACCGCAGCGGAGGAAAGUGGAUCAUUCGUCUGAGAAAAGGUCUCGCCAGUCGCUUCUGGGAAAACAUCAUCCUUGCUAUGGUGGGCGAGCAGUUCAUGGUGGGAGAGGAGGUCUGUGGAGCCGUGGUCUCUAUACGCUUCCAGGAGGACAUCUUGUCGAUCUGGAACAAAACGUCUAACGAUCAGACGACGACGUCCAGGAUCCGAGACACGUUGAGACGAGUCCUGAACCUUCCAGCCAACACCAUCAUGGAGUAUAAGACUCACAACGACAGCCUCAGGGACAACUCGAGCUUCAGAAACACAAAGAUUUCCCUCUGAAGACGUGUGUGUGUGUGUGUGUGUGUGUGUGUGUGUGUGUGUGUGUGUGUGUGUGUGUGUGUGUGUGUGUGUGUGUGUGUGUGUGUGUGUGUGUGUGUGUGUGUGUGUGUGUGUGUGUGUGUGUGUGUGUGUGUGUGUGUGUGUGUGUGUGUGUGUGUGUGUGUGUUCAAAAUAGUUUGUUUUGAACAUACAUAUGUAAAUGACCUGAGAAAUAAA